AAUUCAUAAUAAAAAUUUAGUAACUAAUACAUUUCAUCUAGCAGGAUUAUCCAUCAUGUCUGUGCCACUGAGAAUCGAGAUCAUGCAGAGAGAAACCAUCAAACCAUCCUCUCCAACGCCCCUUCACUUAAGAAGUCUCAAGCUCUCUCUUCUGGACCAGUUCAUGCCAGUAGUUCACAUUCCACUGCUGCUAUUUUACCCCAGGAAUGGAAACGACACAGAUCACCUUGCCAAAGCCACGGAAAGGUCACUGCUACUAAAGACCUCGCUGUCUGAAGCCUUGACUCAUUUUUAUCCAUUCGCAGGCAGACUCAAAGACAACUCGUCCAUUGAAUGUGAUGACCAUGGGGCUGAAUAUAUUGAGGCUCGAAUCCAUUGUAUUCUCUCUGAUAUUCUCAAAAAGCCUGAUACUGAAGUGCUAAAACAACUCAUGCCUGCAGCUGUAAGUGAACCAGCCACGGCCAGGGAUAGUCAAUUAAUUGUCCAAGCUAGUUUCUUUGAUUGUGGUGGCUUGGCAAUUGGCGUGAAUCUUUCUCACAAGGUUGCAGAUGCAGCCACGCUAACAUCAUUCAUCAAGUGCUGGGCUGCAACCGCUCGCAGGUCGAGUACUGAGGUGGUGAUCAGUCCAGUGUUCAUGGGUGCUUCUAUUUUCCCACAAAUGGAUUUACCAAUCUCAAUGCUUCCAGUAGAUUUGAUUCAAGGAGAGUCUGUCAUGAAAAGGUUUGUGUUUGAAGCUCCCAAAAUUACUGCUCUCAAGGCUAAAGCCAUCAGUGCAAGCGUGCCAGAUCCAACACGGGUGGAAUCUGUAACAGCGUUGAUCUGGAAAUGUGCGAUGAGCGCAUCAAGAUCAAACUUGGGGGUUCCUAGAAAAGCUGUGUUGUCUCUUGGAGUGAAUAUUCGGAAGAGGCUUGUGCCAACCUUACCAGACAACUACGGUGGGAACUACGUAGGUAGUAUAUCAGCGCGGAUAGAGGAUCAUGAUGAUUUAGAAUUGCAAGGUAUAGUGAGCCGUAUAAGGAAAGAUCUUAUAGAGUUUGGUGAAAAUUAUGCUAAAAUAACCCAAGGGGACGAUACUUCGUUAGCAAUUUGCAAGGCGGUAGAAGAGUUUGGAAAGAUGGCCAUGAGCAAAGAUAUUGACUCCUAUAACGGCACCAGUUGGUGUAGAUUUGAACUUUAUGAUGCUGAUUUCGGAUGGGGAAAACCAACAUGGUUGAGCAAUGUUUUCACUAUAGAGCUGAAAAAUAUUAUGUGUUUGAUGGACACAAGGGAUGGUGAUGGAAUAGAAGCGUGUAUAAGUUUGAGUCGAGAAGACAUGGCCUUGUUCGAAUCCAACAAGGAGCUGCUUGAAUUUGCUGCUGCAAAUCCUAGUGUAUCAGUUUAGCUCAGAUGGAAAGAACAUGUUUGCGAGGUCCAAUGUGUGAUGUAAUGCGCUUGAAUGAUCGAUUCAUUACAUUACAUUCUUUAGUUUGCUGGUGGUGAAAUUUCUUUUCUUUUUCUUUUUUCUUGUUGUCUGGUCAUAAAAUUUUACAGCAAUGUAAUUGCGUUUCUCAACA